UUCAAGAGCGACAUCAUCGCCGGCGUCACCGUCGGCGUCAUGGUCAUCCCGCAGUCCAUGUCCUACGCGUCGAUCGCCGGUCUGGAAUACGUCUACGGCCUCUACGCGUCGAUGACGCCGACGCUGAUCUACGCCGUCACGGGCGGCAGCGGCCAGCUCGCCGUCGGCCCCGUGGCCAUGGUGUCGCUCCUCGUCGAGGCGGGCCUGCGCGACGCGCUCGACGAGGACGAGUGCCCCGCGUAUUUCGAGGACGACGCGCACCACCGCGCGCUCGCGGGCGACGACUCGCUGGCGGGCACGUGCCCGGACGCCUACGCGGAAUUGGUGUUCGUGACCAUGUUCUUCGCCGGCCUCAUCCAGUUCGGCGGGUCGCUCUGCAAGCUCGGCUUCCUCGUCAACUUCCUCGGCCACCCGGUCGUGUCGGGCUUCACGUCGGGCGCGGCGAUCAUCAUCGGCCUGAGCCAGGUCAAGUACUGGCUCGGCGUCGCGUUACCGAAGUCGCAGUACGUCUACGUGACCCUGGGCCUCCUCGGCGGCAAGAUCGCGCGGGGCGAGGCCAAGUGGAUGUGCGCGGUAUUAGGCGCGGCCUCGUACGGCAUGCUCUGGGGCGUGCGCAAGCUCUCCGUGGACCAGCCGAAGCGCUUCGGGUUCCUCAAGCCCAUGGGGCCCCUCGUCGUCUGCGCGACGUCGCUCGUGCUCAUGGUGCUCUGCCCGCAGCUAAGGGACGACUACGGCGUCGAGGUCAUCGGGCUCGUGCCCUCGGGCCUGCCGCCGUCGUCCUUCGGCGUCGUCAAGCGCGACGCGCUGUCCAAGGCGUCCCUCGUGCUCCCGACGGCGCUAUCCGCGGCGCUCAUCGGCUUCAUGGAGUCCAUCGCCAUCGGGAAGUCGCUCGCGGCGAAGCACGGCGACGAGCUCCCCGCGGGGCAGGAGAUGUGCGCGAUCGGCCUCGCGAACAUCGUGGGGUCGCUGGCGUCGGGCUACCCCGUCGCCGGGUCCUUCUCGCGGAGCGCCGUGUCCAACUCCAUCGGCGCGAAGACGCCCCUCGCGGGCUUCGUCACGGGCAUGGUCGUGCUGCUCGCGCUCGUCGCGCUGCCGGACUGGAUCCGGAAGCUGCCCAAGUUCGUGCUGGCGUCGAUCGUCAUCUCCUCCGUCGUGAAUCUGGUCGCUAUUUCCGAAGCGAAGCACCUGUGGCACGUGCAGAAGAAGGACUUCGUGUUGUGGGUUUUGGCGUGCUUCGGGGUCUUGUUCCUCGGCGUCAUCUACGGCCUCGCGAUCGCCGUGGGCGUGUCCCUCGCCAUCGUGCUGAGCGAGUCCGUGCGGCCCCAGAUCGCCGUGCUCUGGAAGCUGCCGGGCACGUCCAUCUUCCGCAACGUGAAGCAGGGCGAGUCGCCGGGCCAGUUCGUCAAGGGCGUCCUCGUCUUACGGGUGGGCGCGUCGAUGUACUUCGCGAACGUCGCCUACAUCAAGGAGACGAUCCUGAAGCUCUGCGGCGAGUUCGGCGAGGGCGACACGCAGUACGUCGUCGUCGAGAUGACGCCGGUCAUGUCCCUCGACUCGACGGCGAUCCACAUGCUCGAGGAUCUGUUCGCCGACCUGCGGCGCCGGGGCAUGCAGGUCUGCCUCGCGUCCUGCGGGUCCCGCGUCGAGGAGACGCUGCGGCGCGCGGGCGCCCAGCGCAAGCUCGGCUACGAGUGGUUCCACGACAACGUGCAGCACGCCGUCGAGUGGUGCGUGCGCCAC